ACAGACUCUAAAAGAUUCUCUCUCCUCUCUCCUCCUCCAACCUCGGAGCACUAUAUAUAUCCCCAUCUACAUUCCAUCAUCCACCACCGGCGAUUUUAUCCCCUUUCACUUCAAUUCUCUCUCUCUCUCUAUAACCCUGAAAAUGGCGCUUCGCACAACACUCUCGAAGCGCUUGUUCGGCGCCACCACCCCAGACUCUCCACCUCCGAUCACCACCCUUCUACGCUCGCCCGUUCCGCCGCUGCAUGCGGCCAAAGCCAACUUCCGCCGCGAGUACCUCACCUCACCGGACUCCGCCCCUGCCAGAUUCUUCCGCCGCUUUCUCCAGCGGCGGGGCCUCUCCCGACGGAGGAAGGGUUUCGCGUGGGUGCUGGGGACGCGAAGAGGGUGCUGAGGUUUGUACAGAUGGAGAAGGUUAGAGAAAAGUUGAGGAAUAUUCCGGCGAGUACGAUACCGUACGGUGAGUAUUUACGGGUGUGCUGUGACGUCUGCGGGAAUACAGAAACGGGCUUGGAGUUUGCCAAAGCGUUGGAUGAAUCCCAAAACGUCAUCGUCCUGGGUGGUGUCGUUUUUCUCCGGCCAGAUCAGGUGGCCAAAUCAAUGGAGGAACUAAUUUCCCAAUCAAUAGCUAUGCCAAACGACCCAAGAAGGAAAGAGCUGGACAAUCUGGAAAACGAAAAGGCCCGAAUCGACAAGAAAGCCCGGUCCAUCGUGCGGGGAGAGCUGUAUUGUGGGCUGGGCUUUUGGUUCGUUCAAACAUUGGGCUUCAUGAGGCUGACAUUUUGGGAGCUAAGCUGGGAUGUGAUGGAGCCCAUUUGCUUCUUUGUGACCUCACUUCACUUUGCAUUGGCCUAUGCUUUCUUCUUGAGGACCUCAAAAGAACCCUCCUUUGAGGGCUAUUUCCAGCGCAGGUUCAAACUCAAGCAAAACAAGCUUAUGAAAGCCCACAACUUUGAUCUUGAGAGGUAUAAUCACCUGUGCGAGGUUUUUUAUCGCGAGAAACGAGACAACGUGAACGUUGUCGAGCGUUUGGAUCAUGUACGAGGAGCGGUUUUUGGCUCUGUUCAUGGUUGAGUUGUACAUAGACAUUAGGAACGGUGGUUUUGAGCUUGUACGUAAAGAAUGAAGUGAGUUUCUGUUGUUCUUUUCUAUAAACAGAAACGUAAAUUAUGUCUCACUCUCGUCCGUUGGAUUGGUUCUUUCUGUAGGAUUGGGGUAUUAGGUUUGUGGAGUGGAGCAUGUAAGAUCGCACAACUCAAACUCGCUCCAUAAACAACUUCCUUCUCUUAGCUCAAACUCUAGUUACAUUUUCUAAAAAUGUUUAUUUUGCACGGAUUUGUAUAAUGCAGCAAAGACAUUUUGAGUUC